AUGCGCAACAUUCUCAUUUUGUACGGAAUAUUGCAUCUUUGGCUAGCCCUGAAACUGAGCUACAAUGAAGCUGUCGAGUUCAAGUUCACAAAUGCGGUUUGCGAGAGCUAUAACAAAUCGUGGUUUGUCUUACACAAAUGUCGCCUGCGAGCAGUUAAUCGGGAUAAGACAACCCUCCAUUUGAAUGGAACUGUCCUGCAUCCAGCUUACGAUAUUUUUGUUAAGGCGCAAAUAUUGAAGAAGGCGAAUGGCUACAAGCCCUGGCUCUACAAUAUGAACAUCGAUGUUUGCCGCUUCCUGAAGAAACCCUACAACCCAGUUGCAAUACUUAUUUUUAAAAUGUUCAAGGAGUUUUCCAACUUCAACCACACAUGCCCCUAUAUGGUAAGUAUUGCAUUUCGUUCGAUUGGGCCAGGCUAUAUUCAAGUAGCGCACAGCCCUUUCCUAAGAUCCAGCUUUCUCUUUCACGAAAGGGCCCACAAAUCGUGGAUGGAUUUUAUCUACGAUGGAAAUUUUUGCCAAAUUUUCUGCCAACAGGAGAAUAUCAAUUGGCUAUGA